AUGACAUAUUCGCUCGGUGUUGCUUCUCCAUAUGCUAUUGGCAUUGGUGACUUCAACAACGACAAUCGAAUGGAUUUAGUCGUCACCAACAAUGGCACUAACAAUAUAGCUCUACUUGUCGGAUAUGGCAAUGGUACUUUUGCAAGCUCAAAAAUGUAUUCAACUGGAUCCUCUUCAUCAAUCUCCAUUGUUAUAGAUGAUUUAAACAGCGACAAUCGUUCAGACAUUGCCUUCAUCAACAAUGAUACGAGCACCAUAGGCAUCAUGGUUGGUUAUGAUGAAUUUUUUCCUAUUCAAAUGACAUAUGCAACUGACCGUGUACCGUACUCUGUAGCUAUUGGUGAUUUCAACCACGACACACGACUAGAUAUCGUCGUUGCCAAUAGGGGCAGCAACACUGUAGGUGUACUUCUCAGAUAUGGAAAUGGUUCUUUUGCUGAUCAGAUGAAAUAUUCAACUGGCUCUUGGCCAUUCUCUGUGGCUGUUGGUGACUUUAACAACGAUAACCAUCUGGAUAUCGUCGUCGCCAAUUUACAUGGCAAUACUGUAAGCAUCCUUCUCGGAUAUGGCGAUGGCUUCUUUGCAAAUCAGACGAUAUUUUCUACUGGCUCGCAGUCAGCCUCUGUAGCUGUUGGUAAUUUUAACAGCGACACCCAUCUGGAUAUCGUCGUCGCCAAUUCCAAUGACAACACUGUAAGUGUCCUUCUAGGAUAUGGAAAUGGCUCUUUUACAGAUCAAACAACAUAUUCAACUGGCUCUCAGCCAUGGUCUGUAGCUGUUGGUGAUUUUAAUAAUGACAGCCAACUGGAUAUCAUCGUUGUUAAUCGGGAUGACAACAAUGUAAAUGUCCUUCUUGGAUAUGGCAAUGGCUCUUUUGCAAAUCAAACGGCAUAUUCAACUGGCUCUGUCCCAACAGCUGUAGCUGUUGGUGAUUUUAAUAAUGACAGCCAACUGGAUAUCGUCGUUGCUAAUGUGGAUGACAACACUGUAAGUGUCCUUCUAGGCUAUGGCAAUGGCGCUUUUGCAAAUCAAACGACAUCUUCAACGGGCUCUGGCCCACAAGCUGUAGCUGUUGGUGAUUUUAACAACGACACCCAACUGGAUAUUGUCGUUGCUAAUUUUGGUGACAACACUGUAAGUGUCCUUCUAGGAUAUGGCAAUGGCUCUUUUGCAAAUCAAACGACAUAUU